GGUCUGUGAAGUCAGGGAACAUGCCAGAAGGGGAGAAAACGAGGCAAUGUAAGCAAGAGGAGCAGCAGCAGAAGGAAGAGAAGCAGGAGGGUCUCAUCGAAUUCUACGGCUCCUACCAGGAACUCUUCCAGUUCUUCUGCAGCAACACGACCAUCCAUGGGGCUAUCCGCCUGGUGUGCUCAAAAAAGAAUAAGAUGAAGACAGCCUUCUGGUCUGUUCUCUUCUUUCUCACCUUCGGCUUAAUGUACUGGCAGUUUGGUAUCCUCUACAGGGAGUACUUCAGCUACCCUGUCAACCUCAACCUCAACCUUAACUCUGACAGGCUGACUUUCCCAGCUGUGACGCUGUGCACCCUCAAUCCAUACAGGUACAGCGCCAUUCGGAAGAAGCUGGAUGAGCUGGACCAAAUCACGCAUCAGACACUGCUGGACCUUUAUGACUACAACAUGUCUCUGGCACGAAGUGACUGGUCCACACUGUCCACGCGAAAGCGUAGCUCAAGGAGCCUGCUCCAUCAUGUCCAGCGCCAUCCCCUGCGAAGGCAGAAGCGGGAUAACUUAGUCAACUUGCCAGAGAACAGUCCCUCAGUGGACAAGAAUGACUGGAAAAUUGGCUUUGUUCUGUGCAGUGAAAACAACAAGGACUGUUUCCAUCAGGCAUACUCCUCAGGGGUGGAUGCCGUGCGGGAAUGGUACAGCUUUCACUAUAUCAAUAUCCUGGCGCAGAUGCCUGAUGCAAAAGCCCUGGAUGAGUCUGACUUUGAGAAUUUCAUCUAUGCUUGCCGCUUCAAUGAAGCAACAUGUGACAAGGCGAACUAUACCCACUUCCACCAUCCAUUGUACGGGAACUGCUAUACCUUUAAUGACAACAGCAGCAGCCUAUGGACAUCCUCACUGCCUGGGAUCAAUAACGGUCUCUCUCUGGUGGUGCGUACCGAACAGAAUGAUUUCAUCCCUCUGUUGUCCACGGUGACAGGAGCCAGGGUCAUGGUCCAUGAUCAGAAUGAGCCAGCCUUCAUGGAUGAUGGGGGUUUCAAUGUGCGUCCGGGUAUCGAAACCUCCAUCAGCAUGAGAAAGGAGAUGACUGUGCGUCUUGGGGGCAGUUACAGUGAUUGCACAGAGGAUGGCAGUGACGUGCCAGUGCAAAAUCUGUACUCAUCCCGCUACACCGAACAGGUCUGCAUUCGCUCCUGCUUUCAGCUCAACAUGGUAGAGCGCUGUGGCUGUGCAUAUUACUUCUAUCCCUUACCCACUGGAGCAGAGUACUGUGACUACACAAAGCACGUAGCCUGGG